GAUUUUAAAGUUACUCUAAAAUUUGAUCAAAUUAGCAACAGUAAUUCUAUCAAUAGAAGGUACUAGUAUCUUUAAGGGACACAUUUAAAUCCAGCUCAAAGGAUAUUGUCCAUUUUUCCCAACUGAUUCACAGAAAAGGAUACAUUGUUAUUAAUAAUAGAAAUGCACACAUGAUCUUUAUUCCAGCUGGAGUAGUAUCUCUAUAUUUACUAACAUCAAUGCAUUAUUUUUUUAGCUGAAAUUGAAGGUCUUAAGCAAGACUUGAGGCAAACCAAAUCAAUUGUUGGUUCAAUCAAAAGAGAGAUGUACAAUGUGAUUGGCAAGCUUGAAUCUGACGUGACAUUAUUAAAGGAGAACAUUGGUGAAUAUGUAUCUGUUAUUAAAUCUGGAGCUACACCUGUUGAAGUGGAGAAUAAGGAAAUAUUGAAAGCGUUUACAUCAGACCAGGUACUGCAGGCCUUGGAUCUGCUCUCCCUCUCUCAGUAUAAAAAUACCUUCUCUGUGAAAAGGGUGACUGGUUUGGAGCUGGUCCAAUAUAAUGACACUGUCCUCUCACAGGAUUUAGGCAUGACAAGCCAAUCUGACCGCAUAAGGAUGAUGCUCUUUAUUGAGGGAAGAGAAGCUGUUUGGAAGCUACUAGAGGCCCAGUCUCAAGCAACUGAAUAAUGACAUUGAUGAUAAUAAUAAUACGCUCAUCCAUGCACAUACACAAUGUCUGUAAUAAUUUAUUGUUACAUUGAUAAUGAUUUUUUUGUAUUUCUUUUUUAUUUCUCUUGCAACCGAUGCAGUGUACAGUGUUAAAAUUUGUUUUUAAUGUUUGGUUGCAUUAAU